AUCGUGUUUAUCGCUUUACAUUGUCUUUAGGCAUUAUCGUACCCAACAACACUGUUCUGUUCUUCUUUAUAAAAAAAAACACUGUUCUGUUCUGUAAACUAAAUUGUCUCUCUCUCCAAAAGAUCGAAAAUGGGCACAGCUACAUGCAUCGAUAUCAUUGUUGCCAUCAUCCUCCCUCCUCUCGGUGUCUUCCUCAAGUUUGGCUGCCAUGUGGAGUUCUGGCUCUGUUUGGUGCUAACCCUUUUUGGCUAUCUCCCUGGAAUUCUCUAUGCUAUCUAUGCUAUUACCAAGUGAUCAAUUUAGCUUUUGUGGAUCAUACAUAGUUGUCAGGGGCCUCAUGCAUGUCUUUCAAUUCAGAUAACAUGUUACAUGGUUUCGUGUAAACUUUGUUUUGUUUAGUGAUGGACCAAAGUUAUUCUUUAUUAUGUCUUUUCGGUGUCAACAUUCCUUUUUUUGCUCUGUUUUUGUCUUGUGUGACUGAAGCUUAUGAACUCUAGUAAUGGUAGACGAUUUGAACAAUAAUAUUAUAGUCCUUCUCAAUAAUCUAUUCUUGUUCAUGAA